UGCAAGACUCGGGGUGGAAACAUGUCUGGCCACUUCUUUGAGAGGAUCCCUGCUGUCAGAGAUGGCAUCUUGGUCCAGCACCUCGGUUUUUACCUCUAAAGUGCCCCGGAAAAUCUUAUUCAUGUUCACCCUCUCCCUUUCUGUCACCUACUUGUUCUACAGCUUGAUGAGCUGCUACAACUCGCUGCAGUUCCCUCUGCAAGAGAACUACGUGUAUCAGGGGAGGCUGGUGACAGAGGAUACAACUUUUGUCACUCUGAGGGAGAAACUUUACUCGGCCUCGCAGGGUUUCGUGGAGCUCACCGAGGCUGAGGGGACGACCCCGUCCCUGAGGGGCCAUGCCGGGGCCGAGCAGAGGACCGUGGAGUGGAUUAGGACGCAGGCGUCCCCGACGCCGGCGCUGGUGAGGGAGCGCCAGGAGAUCAGCACCACGGACAGCGACCUCAGGGUGAACUGCACCUCGGAUUACGGCGAGAAGAAGCUCCCACAAGCCAUCAUCAUCGGCGUGAAGAAAGGGGGGACCCGAGCCCUGCUGGAGGCUCUGAGAGUUCACCCGGACGUCAGAGCCGUUGGAAACGAGCCACAUUUCUUUGAUAGGAACUACGAGAAGGGGCUGGACUGGUACAAGGACCUGAUGCCUUCAACGCUGGAGGGGCAGAUCACCAUGGAGAAGACACCCAGCUACUUUGUAACUAACCAUGCCCCAAAGCGCAUCCACUCCAUGGCCAAGGACAUCAAGCUUAUUAUUGUGGUGCGUAAUCCUGUCACCAGAGCCAUUUCAGACUAUACGCAAACCUUAUCCAAGAAACCUGAGAUCCCAACUUUUGAGGUUCUUGCUUUUAAGAACCGGACGCUGGGGCUUAUAGAUGCCUCAUGGAGUGCAUUGCGCAUAGGAAUAUAUGCCCUUCAUUUGGAGAGCUGGAUGCAGUAUUUCCCUCUCUCCCAGAUGCACUUUGUCAGUGGGGAGAGGCUCAUCGUGGAUCCUGCAGGAGAGAUGGCCAAAGUACAAGACUUUUUGGGACUUAAGCGUAUUGUCACAGACAAACACUUUUACUUUAAUAAAACUAAAGGAUUUCCAUGUCUGAAGAAACCAGAGGACAGCAGCACUCCCAGAUGCCUUGGCAAGUCUAAAGGGAGAACUCACCCUAAAAUUGACCCGGAUGUGAUUCGGAGGCUGCACAAGUUCUACAAACCCUUUAACAUGAUGUUCUACCAAAUGACUGGCCAGAACUUUGAAUGGGAGCUGGAUGAGGACAGCGAAUCUCGCAGCUCUCAGGACUAGCAUGGCACGGCUCUGCCAUACCACCAGCCUUCUCACUACAAACUACUAUUGUCCCACUUCAUCU